GCAGCAUGCUUGAACCGCAAAUAUACCAAGCCGCCUUCCCUGCGUCUCCGAUCACCUCAUCCGGAGCCGUAUCUUUCCUUUUUCUUCUCCCUGCACAAGUCUUGCAAGUCGCAACCGGAUGUUGCACAGUAUAAGUAGUUGCACCGUUCUUGCAGCUUCCUUCCAUCCACGUACAUUUACCUCAGUAAACAAGCUAGUUUUUGACGGCAACCACGUAGAACACGAGGGAAGCUCUGCAGCUCUACAGACCAAGCACCGGACCGGCUCGGCAAUGGCGUCCGCAACGGCGGCGAAAGACGCGACGCCGGCCGCUGGCGGCCCGCAGCUGAAGCUGCUGGUGGACAAGCGCUCGCGGCGCGUGCUGUACGCGGAGGCGCGCAAGGACGCGGUGGACUUCCUGAUCGGCCUGCUUCGCGUGCCGGCGGGCCUCGCGGCGCGCGCGCUCGCCAGGCACGGCGAGCGCGCGCCGGGCUCCCUGGGCUCGCUCUACGCGGGUGCGCGCGGCCUGGACGACGCCUUCUUCGUCUCCGCGUCCCCGGACCGCGACGCGCUCCUCAGCCCCGCGCUCCCCUCCGCCGCGGCCGCGCUGCUGCUCGGCGGCGAGGGCGCGCUCCCGACGCCGCCGCCGCCUCCCCCGCCGCAGAGGUACUUCCGGUGCGCCGCGUACACGGUCCCGUGCCGCGGGAACCCGACGAACGUGACGGACGUGUCGGGCCUGCCGUGCCCCGGGUGCCGGCAGCCGAUGACCGUGGAGAUGCGGUGGGCGCCCGGGGACGCGCACGGCAAGCUGGCGCUGGCGCAGGCGCAGGAGGCGCGCGGGGAGGGCGCCGGUGGGUACGUGAGGGAGGUGGUGACGUACUUGGUGAUGGACGACCUCACCGUCGCGCCCAUGUCCACCAUCUCCGCCAUCAUGCUGCUCAAGAAGUUUAAUGUUAAGGAUUGCUCCGCGUUGGAGGAGAUGACCGUCGAGCUCGGCACAAAAGAGGCCGUGAUGCUCCUCAAGGCGUCGCUGCAGUCAUCGACGGCGCUGACGGAUGUGUUCAGCGGCGGCGUCUCCAUCGACAGCAGGAUUGAUGGUUGAUCAGUGAGUGGUGGAAUGGGGUUCGAACAUCUAUCUCACCUCGCUGUGGAAGGGGCUCAAAGGAAGAAGUUGGAUUGGAGGUCUGACAAAUCAGCUGAAGGAAAAUUAUAUAGCCGUCGGCAUCAAUUUGUGCAUAAGUCAUGCGAACAAAUCAAGGCAGCAAUGACCUCAAACUCCAUGUCGAUGUGUGUAUAUAUGACUAUUACUAUUUGAAAAAGAAAAUGCCAACAGACAAUGCGGCAAAAAAUGAUCAAGGCCGCGAUGCAUGAAUGCUGA